AAACGGUGUCUCAAUUUGGUAUAAGAAAGUAUAAGAAAAUUGCAUGUAUAACCUUUAAAAAAUUGAGCAACAUUCAUGUCUGGUACUGUACCUUUUCGAUUUAUAAUUUGACUAUAUAUAAAACCGAUGCAAAUAACGCGUUGGACAGAUUAAACUAUCAUAAUUUCUGAUACAAACUCUUUUCUUAGUUUUGAACUUGAUACUAAUUUAAUAAAUAAUUUAUAAAAAUUAAAGUCAUCACUAAUUAUUUAAUAAAAAAGUUAUAUUGAAAAUGUCUAUUGGAGUUCCUAUUAAAGUGCUUCAUGAAGCUGAAAAUCAUAUCAUAACCCUCGAAACCAACACCGGAGAAGUGUAUCGUGGAACUUUGAUAGAAGCCGAAGAUAAUAUGAAUUGUCAAAUAAAAAAUAUUACAGUCACUUAUAGGGAUGGCCGUGUUGCUCAGUUAGAAAAUGUUUAUAUUCGUGGUUCUAAAAUAAGAUUUCUUAUAUUACCCGAUAUGUUGAAAAAUGCACCUAUGUUCAAAAGACCGGGUGGGAAAGGUUCUGGAACAGCAGGUCGUGGAAAGUCAGCAAUUCUACGAGCCCAAGCUAGAGGACGAGGUCGAGGACAAAAUCAGAGAGGACGUGGAACUGGUUCAGCACCUUGGCUUAAUCAACAAAAUCAACCUGGUGGAACUCAAGCAGGCAGAGGACGAGGAUAAUUGUAUUUUUAAAAAUUCAUACUUAUUUUUUGGUAUUUAUUGAGUCAUCUUUACAAGUUUGAUUAAUUACUACACUACGAGUAGCUAGAAAAAUGUUUUCUAUCUUUUGUAUUUUUAAUUGAAACUAAUUUUUGAAAAAUACUACUAAUAAAGUUAAAUAAAAAACUGA